GUCGAUCUUGACAAAACUUGUGUUUGCGACGCACCCUUUCCAAUGCCCCCAAGAGACGAGAUAAGCCGUAUGACGGAGUGUAGGAUGUGUGGGGCACGGUUCCAGGACCCCAGAGCCACCAAAAAACAUCUCAAGAAAACCAGGCAUUUUGUCAAGAUGGAACGGGAGAUUCUGGAUAGCUAUAGACCGUCUCACAGCCGGGAAAACCUCACGAGGGAUGGAAGGAACAGGUGGGAGGGGGGGUGUGUUUUGAGGGCUAGGUUUGAGUGUUGGUCCCAUUUCCCCUCCAUUCCAUACACACCAAUGUUAAUAAGAUGCCAGACGGGAUAUCUCGAGGUGAGCAGACAUGGCGCCGCCCAGCCCGCCGAAGCUUGGGCCGUAGCAGAAGCAGGGGCGGCAGCAAAAGCCCUGAAUCAAGCUCCCCCGAGUAUGGGGGAUCUUCGGGGUCUGAGACCCCCCAAGGGCGUGGAGUCGGUGGCACCAGAGAAUGCAACGGCACUACCAACGGAUCCGGCAAUGGUGAUGGGCCUGUCGAACAGAGCAGAUCAUUGGUAUCGGAAACACCCCAAGGGCGUAAUAGCAAUAUCUGUGCAACCACGGCCCAGCCCGGUGAUUGUGGGUCCGUCACUUCUGCAAUAAGUCUUGAGAGUUCCUCGGACCCCACAGUGGGUCCAGAUUUGGACACAUAUUGCUGGGAAGAACAGAGGGCCCGCUACCCGGAGCUAGGGGAGAAUCGGAGUACCUGAACGGAGGGUGGGGUUCUGUUUCCAACAAUGAUGUGAUAAUUUUCUUCUUUUCCUGUCUGGGUUCAAAGAGGUGGCAGGUUAGGGUUGGCUGCUGGCCGGCACCCAGCUGAUUGCCCGUAUUGGAUAGCGGCCCGCAGAAGUUUUAGGAUGUAGUUACCCCGAAGAAUUGCCAAGC